GGAACUUUCCAUCCUACCACAUGCAUGGUUAUGAAAUCUUCCAUUGAAAACCUCUAUAUAUAAGGUUAUCAAUACACUGUCUUAAGCAACAUUACCUCAAAGAACAAGCCAAACAUCAUCAGCAUAUCAAGAAUAACACACAACCAUGGCUAAGUUUCUUGUUCUUUUCUUAAUCCUAACAGAAACAUUUGUGUAUCUAGCCAUGGCUGAAAAUGCAACAAAUUUUGCAAGUUCUCCUGCUUCUAGUCCAUCAUCUUCGAUUCGAAAACUCGGAAAACACCAUCAAGAAGAAGAAGAGAAGGGUAAUUUGUCUAAAGGAGUUGGUUCUCCACAUCAACAAGAGAUUAAUGAAGUUGAUCAAGCUCAUGAAAUCAAGAUUAAGCAUCAUCAUUUAGUUGAUAAGUCAAUUUUUGGAGGUGGAAUUAUUCUUGGAGGCUUAGCAACAACAUUCUUUGUAGCAAUUUUUUGUUAUAUUAGAGCAACUAGAAGGAAACAUGUUGAGCCUAGUUCCCCUAGUGCUUCUUCCUCAGCAGCAUAAUUGGACAGUUGAUAUUAGAGAUUAACCCCCCCCUCCCCCCCCCCCCCCCUCCACCCCGAUAGAAAAUUGUAAAGAUACCAUAAGUCAAUUCUGAUUUUGGAAUUUUUAUUGUGUAAAAAG